ACAUACAUAACAUUUAUUUUUAACACAAACCAAACCAUUCCUCUUAGCUCAAAAAAUCAACUAGUAGUAUAUUGAGUUGAUCAAAUGGCUUCCAUGACAAUGACAACCUCCUUGGCCGGCGGUUCGAUCGCGGCCCUGACCAAAGCCCCGGCCGCGACCCGUGGUGCUAGGGUUGUUAUGGUGAAAGCAAGUUCUCACGUGUCUGAGGGAGAAAAUGUUGUAAUGAGCAACAAGAAGGAGAUCAACAACAACAACGGUGGUCGUAGGGAGUUGUUCUUUGCCAUGGCGGCCGCUGCCGCAUGUUCUGUGGCUGGGGCCGCCAUGGCAGACGAUGAGCCGAAGCGCGGCUCACCGGAGGCCAAGAAGAAGUACUUUCAAGUUUGUGUCUCAAAUCCUACUGCUAGAAUUUGCCGCAAUGCAACUUAGAAGGGCAAGUGUUUUGUCUAUUUAAUCAUUUCUUGUACUUAUUAUGCUAUGGUUUUAAUUAAUGUGAAAAAAAUGAAAAAAAAAAUAAAACAUUGUAAAACUUUAUCAUGCAAAUUUAGUAUUUCAAUUCCCCUUUUAUUCAAAUUUUGCUACGUA